AUGUCGUCGGCCCAGCGACGAGCAACAACUACGCGAUCCAGAUCCGCUUCGAACACGCAGAUCCCUGCGAACGGGAAAUUUUACACCAAAUCUACCGAACCGCCAUUCGAUUCAGAGUAUGACGACCAAUGCGCCCUGCCAUCGACUCAUGAAGCUCCUAUUAUACGUGGAAACUCAUUUCGGCGUUCACAUGGCCCAGAACAGUCAACCCGUGUUGGAGUAGUUAGGUCUUUCGCGGAGCGUGCGAGGAAUCUCCCACCUGAGCGCAGGCUUCCAGAGCCGCCUCGUUCAAGUCCAACGGAGCCUGUUCACGGUACUACGUCGAUAGGGACUUCCCCCGCAAAUCCAAAUUCUAGAUCGUCGUCGGUCCAAAAUACAGCGAGCAGUAUAUACCAAUCUCCUCCCGCUCCACGUUCUAUACCGCAAUCACAGCCUAGCGAACCGCCUUCCCCUGUGGCCCAAUCAAACCCAGACGCCGUUCCAAAGAAAGAUGAUAAACGACGGCGUGAUCGCGACUGGGCGCCCGCCCGAUCUCCCUUGCAGAAAUUGGAGGUCACAUUGAAGGAUAUCAGCAAGGAAGAAAAACGCGCGAGGGUGGAAGAAGCGGAGAUGCUGCUGAGAGAGGCCAAAGCCGGGCGUCAGAAUCGUCGCAUUAGCCAGGACGUGCGUCCGAGUCCGAGACUGAAGGAGAAUAGCCAGACUACAGAUACUAUGUCCCAGCAGCCGUCGACCCUCGAGGAAGCUGGGCUGACAAGAAGUCUAAGCACUAAACAACGAGAACGGCUACAGCAAAGUGCUGUGAUAGAAUCAACGAAACCCUCACCUGGUCGGUUUUCAACUGAUCGUGAAGGAUUCGAUUAUCAGCCACUGGAAUCAGAAGGAUUGAGGGAACCUAUGGCGUCCGAGAUGGUUGAUCAAGUGCGUGCUAGGCCGGAUCAAGAUCCUGAAUUUUCCCUCGAUGGAGGAGCAUAUCAAUUCAUGGCUGCGGCCAACGAGGACGAGUCGGCUCCACAGCAGAGAGUAGCACAACCGUCUGUAAAUCAGUUCAAAAACCGGGGUUACCUUGAGGACAGACGCUCAUGGCAGCAUCCACAUGCAAAUCCUUCUUCAUUUACACCGGCCGCGCCUGUACAGAGGAGCAACAGCCGAAAACUUCAAAAGCCUAUUCUUCGGGAACUUAGAGAACAGCCUGCGACAGAAUAUCCUGCCAAUACAAACCUAGCUUUCAACGCUAGUAGAACGAAAUCGUACGAUGAAGCUCUGGCGCUAAGCUCGCCGGACCCCAAAGACCAGGCUUCACACAUCAAUAAGCCCGUGGAUGGGCUACGGGCGACUAACGAUGAUUCAGUGGGCCAAGGGUAUGCCAAUGCCAGCAAUGAGGCCCAAUCGGACGACCUGGACUCCAUAACAGGACUGAAAAAGAGUGAAAAUAAACAGAAGCGAGUUUCUGUUACGUUUGCUGUUCCUCCUCCGACUCCGCCGCCGCUUGAUGAAUGGAGAAACGCAACAGUGGGCUUUUUGCUAGGGGAUGACUUCAAACUUCAAAGCCUUGACGGAAAGGCCUGGUGGGAAGGAAGGGGGGACUCAGGGAGACGCAAGAGAAAUCAAUCUGUAUCCCAGAAUAUACCCCGGCCUUCUCCCAAAAUAAAGAAAAACACUCCGUUUGAACCACCUCUAUACCUAAAGUGCGGACCGCUACUUCGAUUCACCGGUAUAAAACGGGAGCGAAUUGACGGUCGUACCGGGCCCGUUGAGAGAGAAAUUUGGAGAGGAAGCAUCAUGAUUGCUACCAAGGACUCUGCGUCUUCAUAUGAUAUUCCGCCAACGCUUCGCAUUUUUUCUCAGCCUCGAGAUUUGUUACCUCCACCACCCACCGAAAUUCGCCCUGAACACGGGGAGCUUGCGCCAGAAUACGUUGAUCCGAUUGCAGGGCUCACAAAGCUCUCGAGAAACGGAAAGCUACUCUAUGUCAAACCUGUGGACCACGUCGAAGAGGCAAAGGACCUCUGUUUUGUUGAAAAUGAAGACGGCCUUUUUGAAGAGUCACCCAGCCCCUUGGACUACAGCACCAGCAACCGGGUCGGUAAAUCGCCUGAUGCGAGAGUCGGAGACCUAGACGGGGAAUCCGUUGGAAGAUACAAAGAGAUCCCUGGAUUCCGACUUUACGCCGACUCAGCAAGAGACGUGACUUUCUGGCGGUUCAACAUUCAGAUCGAGCUCGGAAGCAAACAAGAGCACAUCGCCUACCGUAUCAACCAAGGUUCUGCUCAGGGUUUUUGGGUUCCAGCGAAAGGGCAGAUGAUGAACAUCAUGUUCCACAGCGGCAAUUGCUUCGGGGCGUCCGUUGACACUGAUAAAUUUAGCGGACCCGAUCCGUUAUGGCGGGAUGCUCUCAACGUCCACCAGACACGGCCAUUCCACGUCAUGAUCGGCGGUGGAUCUCAGAUAUACAAUGAUGCUGUAGCCUUCGAGACCGAACACUUUCAAAACUGGCUGGAUAUAAAAGUCAAAUAUGAAAAAUACCAGCACCCGUUCAAUCUAGAUAUCAAGGCCGAACUCGAGGAGUUUUAUUUGGACAACUACCUGCGAUGGUUUUCUCAGGGUCUGUUUAGCAUGGCAAGUGCCCAGAUACCGAUGGUUAACAUGUGGGACGAUCAUGAUAUAAUUAGCGGAUUCGGAUCUUAUUCGGAUGAACUUAUGACCUCACCAGUAUUUUCGGGAUUGGGAAAUAUUGCGUUCAAGUAUUACAUGCUUUUCCAGCACCAGAGCGUUCCGGAAGAGACGCAGUUGAACGAACCAAGUUGGAUAAUGGGUCCCGCUCCGGGUCCCUUUAUUGAACAGAAAAGUCGAAGUAUUUUUGUACACUUGGGUAGGCGGGCGGCACUUUUGGCGGUAGACUGCCGAACUGAACGGACCCGAUACGAUAUCUUGAGCGACGACACGUAUGAUUUGAUUUGGAAUCGCUGUCACGAAGAGAUCAUAAAGGGAGAAACGAAGCAUCUUCUCGUGCUCAUUUCAAUUCCCGUCGCCUAUCCAAGAAUGGCAUGGCUUGAAAACGUAACGAGCAAGGUCAUGGAUCCUGUCCGAUCGCUGAGCAAAGUUGGAUUGUUCGGGAGCUCAGAGACUAAAGUCGGGAGCGGUGCAGAACACUUGGAUGACCAUUGGACCGCAAAAUUGCAUAAGCUUGAACGGAGGUGGUUGAUCGAGGACCUUCAAGAACUCGCGGCAGAGAAAUCCGUCCGAAUUACCAUUCUGGGAGGCGACGCGAAUUUGGCGGCAAUGGGCCAGUUCUACACGGACCCGAAGCUAGAGAUUCCGAAGGAUCAGGAUUACAGAUAUAUGCCAAACGUGGUCUCUUCACCGAUUGUCAAUGCACCCCUGCCACAAAUGAUGAGUGACGCACUUAAUCGGCGAAACAAGGUUCAUGCCGUGGAUACGAAAACAAUGGAGGACAUGAGACCGAUAUUCACCCACGACGUUGACGGCAAGCCCAGAAAUAAUAAGCGUCUCCUGCCAAGAAGGAACUGGUGUUGCAUCCGGGAAUACGCUCCAGGUUCAACGCCAAUUGACACACCUUCAGAGCCAAGCACCCCGGAACCCCCCAGGGUGGGGAACCUUGCUAGAUCGUUGUCACUUAGUCGCGGGGAGGGCCGAGGUUUGGGGAGGUCGUUUUCUCUCUCUCGCCGGUUUUCAGCUCGCGGACCGCCACCAUCGAGAUAUGAACCAGCGGAAUACACUCAGCGCAGCAUGAGCUACGAUGACUCGCAACCCUUGGAGGCGCGAGAUAGCCCAUCACAGCAGGGACAGGCUCAUCCUUCCCAGCAAGCCGACGGAAGAGAACCCGAGCCCGGGGAUUUCAUCCGACGACGUACUGAUUUAAGCGCAAAGCAGAUCAAGCAAGCACUCAAACGAGGAAAUGACACGCAUCAUUUCAUUAACCUUGAGGGUGGAUUGGAUAUCACGUUGAACUGCGAAGUAAGUCCGAGUGAUCCUGCUGGCAUCACGACGCCGUACAGGGUCCUCGUACCUGCAUUAUCAUUUAACGGCGAGUUUGAGCCUAGCAUCCCUCUCCAGAAGAGACGGUGGUGGAUGCUCAGACGAAAGAAGCCAGAAACAACGCAACACGAGGAUAACAGCGAUGGAGAGUACGAUGAUCACACCAACCAGGGUGCCGAGAGGCCAUAUACCCCGCCGGCGCAGGAGAAACAGGGUCAAUUCUCAUCCCCUGAAGGCGUGGGACAGGGAUACGGUGGCGUGGAAGCGUACCGGCCGAAGAAAAAAAGGUUUGGAAUCUUCUGA